CACUUUCCCGCAGAAAAUAGGGUGUCGAAUCUGUCCUAUAACCUCCGUUAUAUUUAUUACUAAUUUAAAGAUCGAAAAUGAAUCUUUUAUGAUAAUUGUGGAUUAAUUUGUGUAAAGGUUGUCAUAAGUGAUGUUGUGUAAGAUCGUUUGUGUUCUUGCGGUAAUUCUGUAGUGUUUUUAAAAAUUAAACAUGGCCUCGAACCGAGGAAUUCAAAUCGGAUCCGCGUGGUUUCAACGGAAGCUGAAUUUAAGGCCGCAGCACCGGGGCGUGCACCUUGUUACUGAAGAGAUCUUGAAGCAGGUGCCAGAGCUGACCCAGUUUGCUGUGGGCCUUUGCCAUAUCCAAAUAAUGCACACAUCUGCAAGUCUAGCUCUAAAUGAGAGCUGGGAUCCUGAUGUUAGAGACGAUAUGGAAAUGAUGCUCAAUAAAAUCGUACCAGAAGGCUUGCCUUAUCGCCACUCAUGCGAAGGGCCUGAUGAUAUGCCUGCACAUGUUAAAGCUUGCUUUCUUGGAUCCUCACUGACUAUUCCCAUAACAGACGGCAAAUUAAACCUGGGGACGUGGCAAGGGGUCUGGCUUUGUGAGCAUCGAAAUCAUGCUGGAAGCCGAAAGGUGGUGGUGACGUUGUCGGGAUGCCCUCGCGACUCACCGCUGUCGCCGGUGUCGCCGGCGUCGUGCUCCAGUUAGGAGAGGGGGGGGGGCGCGACCACCCCCCAUACUCACUCGCACUCGCGCCCCUCCUCCAAGAGCACGCGGAGGUAAACUCUGCGUCCACACCUUUUAUAUCCCCGCACCUAACAUAGAUGUUAGUUCUUACUAUUAUCUUCGGCGACAAUAUGUACAUAAGAUUAAUAUUUUGUAACGCUUCGCGUGGCAGGUUCGACCACUUUUAAUGCACGCCCUCGAUCGUUUCGAUCUGAAGCGCUAGAGUCGUCUCGAAGAGGUUAUGAUGCGCCCGGCAAACUAGCGGACGUGAACGCACACUCUGAGAGAUCCUAUUUGUAAUACAACGUCUAUAGGAAUUGAUGAUUGACUAGCUUUCUCUAUAUUUUUAUUUCCGUUGAAGUGCCACGUGAAGACUGAAUGAAUCCCUAUUGAUGUUAUGUUCGGUCAGAAAUAACUGAACCCGUUGAAUUUGUACAAAAAAAAUAUGUGCGACGGUUUGAAAGUACUUAUACAUAAAGUAAUUGUUGUUUUGUUAUUGCGAUUUGUCGAUAUGUACAUACAUAGGUCAUGCGUGGACGUUGUGAAUUUCCACUUCGUAUCCUGGGCUGUUGAAAAGGUUGAUGUGGCACCUAUUUUUAACAUAAUUAUCCAUAAAAUACCUUAAGAUGAAUACAAUGUAAGAAUUGAUGAUUUGAUGAUGUGAUUUACUAUUUUUACUACUGCACUUGUUUAAAUUUUUUCAACUUCACUGGAUGACACACCAUAAUAUAUUUUAACAAGAAAGCACAUUAGGCAUAUUUGGGGUUGGAUACUCAUUUUAUUACACCAAUUUUAUAUGUAAUCGCACUGGUUAACAAUCAGUUGAUGUAAGAAUAAGAGCUGAAUGUAGGUAAUAUAGAUAAGUACUUUGUACGUGUAUGAUAGCUCCCUUCUUUCUCCGUGUUAGGUUAGACAUUAAUAACGACUAGUAUGUGAAACAUGUCCAUAGCUUUAAAUGUGUCACACCCGUUGUAUCAACGGGUCCUUCACGGGAUGACAAUGAGCUAACAUUUGGUACCACUAGUUAGUAGAUGUAUAUCAUUAUUCUUAAGAUCAUAUAAGUGCCUCGGAUUUAUGGGGUGGUCAUUUGUUAAUUUGCUUUUUUGUUUUCCUAGAUUUGAGAUAUGGUGAAAGUUAAAGCUUUUCUGUGUAAACGAUUUCCUCCCACACCAUGUAGGUAACCAACCUGGAUUUAUUUUUAGCCAGUUCUUUUGAAUACAAUAAUUGACCUCUGAUAAUGAACAAUAUAAAUGGAUUACAUUGCAUUUAUGGGAUUUAAGUUUUCUAUAUAUAUAUAUAUAUAUAUAUAUAAAGGCGUAUGUGUCUAGAUGUAUGUCUUCCUAUGUAAGUGCUAUCAUGUUAGUGUCAUGAUAGAAACUGAGUAAAUGUAUCAGGUACAUGUGGGCAGAGUUAGGGCACACAAAUGUCGUCUUUAUAUCUGGCCACAAAUUACUAUUAUAUACCAUAUAUAUAUCACUGUAGGUGAUUCCAAAUUGACAUCAAUCAUAUGCCACUCGUAAUAAGCAUCAGGUAGAGAGUGUGUGUAAUUUUAUAUGAGGCGUGUGUUGUAGUUAAAAAUACCGUACUAAUUUUUACAGGGUUUUAAACUCUGUUUUUACAGGAAUUUAAUAAUAUUUAUUCCAUAAUAGACAUACUGAGAUAUAAUGAGAAUAAUCUAGGGGUCGCUAUAAAGUUGGUUUAAUUGCGUUCGGCUUUAGAUGUCCCGUCGAGAUCGCGCUUAUGUGGCACAAUUUUACACUUGAGACUUAGUUAGGAGUUAAUUAAUUAUAAAUUGUAGCCUACAAUUGGGAGUUAGGAAGGUGGGACAGAGAGCAGUGCAUGAAUAUCGAGCCGACGUCCCUCUUCGUUGUUUUGAUACCGCAUUGUACAAAGUGUAGAUGUCGCAUACAUGAAGCAGUUUUGUCUCAUGGACAACUUUACUCACUUCACAUAGGAAGCUUAUUGUACUUUCAUACUCUGCCGUUGCGUAGAUUUGCCACAAAAUUGCGACUUAAUUUUUUUUUAACAAGACUUUAAUUUUUUUUUCAGAAUUAGCUUUACUGUGGUUAUCUUAGUAUGUUACUUGUUUUUUGUUCAGCGGUUAUGAAAAUAAUUUUUUUUUUAAUCUAGUAACUGGUUGUUUUUUGCAUGCAUUUUUUUGUAACUAGUCUGGUUUUUAGGGUAGUUCUCGGGGAAGUGGUGUAAAGAAGAAUGGCUUUUAAGUGCUUUUUUAAUGCAUAAAUAAGGAAAUGUAAAUAUUUUUUGCAAUAAUGUAACGUACAUGUAUAUUUGGACAUGUACAGUGAUUCAAAAUGUAAAAAUGUUCAAGUGCUAUUUAUUAUGAAUGUUAGGUAUGCCACUGCCAUUAAAAGAUUGCCUCUUUAAAAUAGUGUUGUUUUACAUUUUAUUUAUUAACGUCUCUAUUAAUGCUGGACAUACUAUUAAUUGAAGUUGAAACAUUCUUAUAUGCAUUUAUAUAAAUAUCCGCCGAAAGAAAUAAUGGCGACUGGUUCGUCUGGACAAAUCCACAUUCCAUGUUGACUGGAACAGUGUUGAUUUUUGUUGAAUUUAUUGUUUAUAUAUUUAGUAUAUAUAGUGUCCCACAUUAGGCUGUUACAAUAACAACGAAGUGUUUAGAAUUUACCUGUAAGUGGUAUUGCAUUCCGUAUCAUGCCUCCCGCCAGAUGUGGUAACAUAGCCUAUGUUAAAAAUAUGUGUUGAAUAAUAAAAUAUACUUGGUCCUAAAUAUCCGUACUCAAUACGUAAAAUAAUACGGCCAAUAUAUUAAAAAGGUUUACACUGUUUAUAUUCGAUUUCCUUUGUAACAUUCGAGUGUUUACCACUUAUUCAAAUGUAAUUAAUUAUAAGUGUAUAAAUUUCACAAAUAAUGGCACGGAAUUUUUAAUGUAACGUUUUUGGAUUAAUAAAUUCAGUAUUGUUACUUCGUUUGUCAUUUAUAUUAAUUGCACAUAGGAAAAUGAGGUUGUAAUCAGGAUUAAUAAAACUAACCAAAGGGAGACAAAUAAAAUGUGUGUAUAUUAUUUAAGAUUAUUAUAUCAAUGUAUGGUUAUAUAUGUACAGUUCAUUAAUUCACAUUUUCUUAGAGGAUUCUUGUCAGGUGUAUAUUGUUGGUUUUACGCUCACUUGUAAGUGACAUUGAGAUAUCGGUCACAAUAAAAUUUAAUUGUAUCAUAUAACUUGUACAAUAUAAAUAUAUAGAUCCACAAUUAUGAAAGAGAUUAAAUAUUUGCAAAAGUUAAUAUCUUGAGAGUUUUAUUUUUAUAUUACAAAAUUCUUAAUAUUCAGUCAUGUUCUAAUUCUAUUCUUAAAAAGUAAAUUAGUAUUAUCUUAUUAAUGAUGAGUAUUUCCUUAACUUGAUAUUUUGUGAGGUCCAGGGCCUUUAUCUGAAACAAAUGUAACAAUGCAAUUGUUAUUAAAUUAUAUCUGAUCAAUAUGCACAUUCUGGGAGUUGGUGCAUUGCGAGUAAAUGUG